UCAUUUAUAAGUGACAUGUUGCCGUUUUUCGCUUGAGGACAAGACUCUGUCGCGCGCGUUUGGAAUAGUGUGCAUCGUGAGAGGUCUCCAGUCCACUUGAGAUAUUUUACAUCAGAAGAUUUUUCUGGUCAUUUUCGCCAUGGCACCGCCACAGAACGGAUCUAACCUGACGGGAAACUUUACUAAUCAGUUUGUGCAGCCGCCGUGGCGCGUCGCGCUCUGGUCUGUGGCGUACAGCUCCAUCCUGGCGAUCGCGGUGUUCGGGAAUCUGAUCGUCAUGUGGAUCAUUCUGGCUCAUAAGCGGAUGCGAACCGUCACCAAUUACUUUCUGCUCAACCUGGCGUUUUCAGACGCAUCGAUGGCCGCCUUCAACACUUUGAUUAAUUUUGUUUAUGCCACUCAUGGUGACUGGUAUUUUGGAGAAGCCUACUGUAAAUUUCACAACUUUUUCCCCGUCACCUCCGUGUUUGCGAGCAUUUACUCGAUGAGCGCUAUAUCAGUCGACAGGUACAUGGCCAUCAUCCAUCCCCUGAAGCCACGGCUCUCAGCCACAGCCACUAAGGUGAUCAUUGUGUGUAUUUGGGUUCUGGCUGUGGUUUUGGCCUUUCCUCUGUGUUUCUUUUCAACCAUCAAAAAAUUGCCCAAGCGGACCCUCUGCUACGUUGCCUGGCCAAGACCUUCAGAGGACCCUUUCAUGUAUCAUAUCAUAGUGGCUUUGCUGGUGUACGUUCUGCCCCUGGUGGUCAUGGGAAUUACCUACAAUAUUGUCGGUUUGACGCUUUGGGGAGGAGAGAUUCCUGGAGUCUCAUCAGACAACUAUCAGGGCCAACUGCGAGCCAAAAGAAAGGUAAGCAG